CGCAAUCUAAGUACCGAUCAUACAACUCAAAGGCGAUUGAACGAACUGUGCAGAUUCAACGAUGGCACAAUACCAGCUUCGGUUCAAAUUAUUGUUUUGCUGUUUCACCAUUUCAUUAUUGGUUAACAUGGCUUGGCUUCCUGGAUACUUUCAGAAUUAUGCGCCUCGGCAGACUAUUCCGUCACCCAUCGAAAUUCCGUCGCCUAUCAAACGAGUGGGUUUGUCGAGUUCUUCGACUACCACCGAUGUAGGAGCUGAAACCGACCUUGAUGCAACACACGGCUUUUCCGUGGCACUAACAAUCCGCAUGGCAGCCGUACCGAAACUGGUUCAGCGUCUGUACUGCAUAUUCAUCCGCUCGUCUACCGUAUUCUGGUCUCCCAAGCUGGGCCCAAUCAGUCUGAUUCUUGACAAGGAAUCAGAAACAGAUCAUCGGUUUGCACGUCAGCUGAAACAACAGGAGAAAGUUUUGGGCCUCAAGUUUGAUUUCGUGUACGAGCCACUCCCCGAUACUGCCUCGGGCUGGAAACCCCAAGGCUACCAACGUCAAUUGUGGAGCAGUUUCUUCAUGGAUCUCUUCAUCAAUGCUUCGGUUAUCGGUGUGACUGACACGGACGGGGUGUUCACGACACCGGUGACCCCUGAAAACAUCUUCAACGGGCGUCGAUUGCGAGUGUUAGCUUUCACUGGCAUGAGAACGAUGCAUCGCAUAGGCUGGAACAGGUCCACACUAGAGCUAAUCGGCAAGGGUAUGGUUUCUAACUUCAUGGCUUACUUCCCUGCCUACGUCUGGAGGGACACUAUCACCAACUGCAGGAAUCACAUAUUAAAGCACAUGAACGUCUCCAACUUUGAGAGCGCCUUUCGCAAACUUUCCUCCAUAAGCCCCGUCAACGUCAUCAUGAAUUACGCCUACCACUUCGAACAUGAUCGUUACGACUGGCACUUGGAUUUCAAGCAGACUUUGAAGGGCUACAAUGCAAAACUACCUCCAGGUGUAAACAUUAAGAGGAGUGAGACUAAACCAGAUGUACAUGUCACCAUUCAUAAGCGUUACUACAAUAAGCCCCCCGACCCAUUACUGCAGGGAUAUUGCGUGGCCAAGCGCUAUGUUGGUACCCUUCCUACAAGCUGCUUACAAUUUCAGAAUGUCACCAACUUUCAGCUUUUUGAGUUUGACAAUAACGAUGGACAUCUUAUUCCCGGGACCUGGUGCUCGGGCAAAGGGCGCCAAAGGUGUAUCCGAUACAUCGAAGCGCAUUACCAGAACGUCAAGAAAUACUACAAUCUGGGAUGGUAUGACCUGGAUUUGAAACGAAUAACUGCCGUUGAGGAAGUAGCAAGACGGGAGAAUAUGACAUGUCCAAAAAUAUUCCAAUUGGACUAGAUGCAUGAUGGUUUCAUAGUUCAAACUCUCCUAUCUUCAUCCCUACAGUGUUUUAAGUCAAAUUUAAAGACUUUCUUAUACACCAAAUCCUUCUCGUGAUUUGAUUAAUACUUCAUUCAUUGAUUCGAA